GCGCCGCCGCCGGUUUGUCUACCCUUUCCCUCAGCCACCUCCUUUCAACCUUGUCCACCCGUCAGCGCGGCCUUUGCUGCAGCGGCGGCUCCCGUUCCUGCUGCAGCUCUGUCCCUUCCUUCCCUCCCCGCCAGAUCCCCGAGUUCGCCCGUCAUGGCUUUACUCACUGCGGCCGCCCGGCUCUUCGGAGCCAAGGAACCUUUGAAGUAGUGUCGUGAAAGGCUGCCUCUGCCUGUGGGCUCUCCUAGACUGGAGAGGUUGAAGUGCUGCCAAAAGACUAGGUGCUGGACAGAGCUUACUGCAGGAAUGCAUCCUGUCUUGUUCUUGCUGCUCGGCAUGCCAGUGCUUCCACUACGAAUCUGAAAGACAUAUUGGCAGAUAUGAUACCCAAGGAGCAAGCCAGAAUAAAGACCUUCAGGCAGCAACAUGGCAAGACAGUAGUGGGCCAAAUCACUGUGGACAUGAUGUAUGGUGGCAUGAGAGGCAUGAAGGGAUUGGUUUAUGAAACAUCAGUUCUUGAUCCUGAUGAGGGCAUCCGUUUCCGAGGCUACAGUAUCCCUGAAUGUCAGAAACUGCUGCCCAAGGCUAAAGGAGGUGAAGAACCCCUGCCGGAGGGCUUAUUUUGGUUGCUGGUAACUGGACAAAUCCCAACAGAGGAACAGGUGUCUUGGCUUUCAAAAGAGUGGGCAAAGAGGGCAGCUCUACCUUCCCAUGUUGUCACCAUGCUAGACAACUUUCCCACCAAUCUACACCCCAUGUCUCAGCUCAGUGCAGCCAUUACAGCCCUCAACAGUGAAAGUAACUUUGCCCGAGCAUAUGCAGAGGGUAUCAACCGAACCAAGUACUGGGAGUUGAUUUAUGAAGAUUGUAUGGAUCUUAUCGCAAAGCUACCUUGUGUUGCAGCAAAAAUCUACCGGAAUCUCUACCGGGAGGGCAGCAGUAUUGGGGCCAUUGACUCUAAGCUAGACUGGUCCCACAAUUUCACCAACAUGUUAGGCUAUACUGAUGCUCAGUUCACUGAGCUCAUGCGUUUGUACCUCACCAUCCACAGUGACCAUGAGGGAGGCAAUGUAAGUGCCCAUACCAGCCACUUGGUGGGCAGUGCCCUUUCAGACCCCUACCUGUCCUUUGCAGCAGCCAUGAACGGGCUAGCAGGGCCCCUACAUGGUUUGGCAAAUCAGGAAGUACUUGUUUGGCUGACACAACUACAGAAAGAAGUUGGCAAAGAUGUGUCAGAUGAGAAGUUACGAGACUACAUAUGGAACACGCUCAACUCAGGACGGGUUGUCCCAGGCUAUGGCCAUGCAGUACUAAGGAAGACGGAUCCACGAUAUACCUGUCAGCGAGAGUUUGCCCUUAAACACUUGCCUCAUGACUCCAUGUUUAAGCUUGUUGCUCAGCUGUACAAGAUUGUGCCCAAUGUCCUGUUAGAGCAGGGCAAGGCCAAGAAUCCUUGGCCAAAUGUAGAUGCUCACAGUGGGGUGCUGCUUCAGUACUACGGCAUGACAGAGAUGAAUUACUACACAGUCCUGUUUGGGGUGUCACGAGCACUGGGGGUACUGGCACAGCUCAUCUGGAGCCGAGCCCUGGGCUUCCCACUAGAGAGGCCCAAGUCCAUGAGCACGGAUGGUCUGAUGAAGUUUGUGGACUCUAAGUCAGGGUAAAACUGGAGACUGGAGGAAACUACUAGAAAGUGAGGGAGCUUUAAAAAAAAAGUCUAAUUUUGUUUUGUUUCAGGGGGCUUUUUAAGAUUUAAGAUUAAAUUGUAUCUGAGGCACUGAUAAUAAGUUUGAAGUUAAAAUAGAAAUUAAGACUUUAAAAGAUAAAAAGUAACCCCUUCUUCCCUAACCAGUUCCUUUCUCCUACCUGGUGAGUUGCCCAUCCAACUGUAGGGUGACCAGGACUAAUGCAUGGGGUAUGGGUUAGGUUUGAGCCCCCCUACCAUCUCUAGAGUGAGAAUCUGACUCUUCUUUCCCUGGGUCAAAGCUGGUUGCAGAGAAUCUGCAGUCAACCCAGCCUUCCAUAGACCAGGAAAUCAGGACUCUGCCCCUUCUGUUUCCAUAAGAAUCAUGUUGGAUUAUCAGCUCUCUGAAGCCCCAUUGCUCUCUCCCAUGCACACAGACACUUCCUAGAAAGACCUGUUGGGUUAGGCAGACACUUUGGCAUUUUUUUUAUGCUACCAGGUGACCAUAAAGGCCAUGGCAUUUGUUGUAAUUGGCACCCAAUGUUUGAUUUUUCUCUUUUAAAAUUAUCCCAUGAAAAUUAAGAUCUGGGAGUAUCCUGUUCCCCACUGCUUUAAUAUUCCCCUCCUUCCAGAUUUUCUGUACUUGCUGCACCUCAAGCUUAGGGUGCUAUGGACCUCCCUACCCCCCCCCCCCAGCCUUUUUGGUCCUUACUAGAGACCUCUUCCAGCAGGUUGUAUAUGUCCCUGUCAAAGCUGUGGUCCUUCCCAGUCAUUUGGCUUUAUCAGUGCUUAACAUGUACUAAGCUUUUUAGUUCUGUGGAACAGAAGCCACUACCUUCUGAUCUUUUUUCCCCCCUUUAUUUUAAUAUGCUUGAAUAAGGACUUGGGAAUGACCAGCAUGCUAUCUUCAUAGUCUGGUUCCAGGGAUAUGGGUACUUCUUAGCAGGGAAAUGAUUUAAGAUUGGAUGUUUCCUUUGAAUAUCAGGUCCUGGGCUGAGAACAAAAAUAAUAGGCCUCCCUCUUCCCCUGCUAUAAGAAAAUAUCCCUUUAUUUAUCAAGGUCCUUAUCUGGCCCCUUCCCCAAGAGCUCACAGUACAGUAUUUGUUUUUUAGAAGCCCCAUUUGCACAGGUUUUCAGUGACUCAGAAUGCUCUACUGCCUUUUCUUUAAGAAAGGAUUGAAAUACACUCCUACUGUGCCCCCUUCCUCCCUCGCAACUCCUGCCUGUGUUUAUGUGGAACCCUAAUCCCCAGAACCACGCUGAGAUGGACACAUUGUUUGUAAACCCCCGGGUAACUGUCAAGUUAUGAUCCAAACUUCAGGUUGUUCUGUAUAAAAUGCAAAAUAAAUGUUUUUAUUAACAAUG